AUGGAUGAGGAAACGAUAGUGACACCACUUAAUGUCUUGCUGGUGGGUGAAGGAAACUUUUCUUUCUCUGUUUCCCUUUGUGAUGCCAGUCACGGCAAAUAUCACAUUACUGCCACGUGCUAUGAUAAUGAAGAGAACAUAACGAGGCAGCCCUUUACUUUGAGCAAUGUGCAGCAUCUUAGAGACAAAGGAGCGGUCGUCCACUUUGGAGUAGAUGCUACCAGGCUGAAAGAUUACGAGUGGUCAUCUCAUGCUCCUUAUGAUAGAGUUAUAUUCAACUUCCCGCAUUGUGGAAGGAAGGCUGGUGUGAAGAAGAACAGGGAACUGCUGGCAAGAUUCUUUCACAGUUGCACAGAUGUCCUCAGCCAGAAUGGAGAUAUCCAUGUGGCCUUGUGCCAAGGGCAGGGGGGCACGCUGGCUGAUCAACCAAUGAGAGAGUGGCAUAACAGCUGGCAAGUGACAGCCAUGGCAGCAAAAGCAGGAUUCAUCUUGACCUCCGUGGUUCCUUUUGGGUGCGAUGAACACAAUGGAUACCAGUGCACAGGAUACAGAAGCCAAGAGAAAUCAUUCCAUGUAACUGGCUCAUUGAAUCACAUCUUCACUAGGAGUUUGCCUUUAGAGAACAUGAUUCCAUUGGAUAUAAUCAACAAGUUAACAAAAACACCACCUUCAGCUGUGAUCACAGAGGACUAUGACAGUACUAUAGAAAGAUGCAGAUGUUUAUUGAACAGAGAUCGGUGUCAUCCCACCAGCAUGGUUAAUGAGGAACUUAUAGCCUUCUUUGGAAGAAGUAUGAGCGUUAAAUGCUUGGAAGACACACAACCGCUUGUAUGCAAUUUUGACAGAACUCCAGCUUUUUCCGUGACUCGGCACGAUCUGUAUUACAUUGAGGAAGAGAUGUCAGAAAGUUCUUGCCAGUGCUCUUGUGACCUCCAGAAGAUCUGCUCUCAAAAUCAAGACACUAUGACAGAGAAUCCUACAGCUCCAAGUAAACACUUAUAUUAUAUGAGACCAUCACUGACCCACUGUAUUUCCAAUAUAAUUAAGGAAACAGAUUUUGCUUCUGAUUCUUUGUACGUUCUCAGUGGACCUGUUUUUAAGAAGUGCUUGAUAUCACAGUGGACCAUGCCAACUUACCUGGAGACCCUCCUAGUGUUGGGUUCUCUGAAUGGCAGUGUUACAGCUGACCUUCAAGUGCUGAUGGAUACAGUUGAGAAAUUUAUAGAAUCCCAACGAACAUUUAUCACCAAUGACACACAGUGUUCUGUUAAUGAAGAAAUGGAAAAACGUGACAGCCACAUAAUUUUAAGUUUCUGCAAGAACGUUGUAAAUGGAGAAUGUAACUCAAUUAAAAUGUCAUCGACUCUUUGUGAUGAUGAUCAAGUUAUCGGACAAAUAAUGACUGCAGCACCAGGCCAGCUAGUCAAGGACGUUGGUGUGUUACUUGUGACAUUCAACAUGAACCUACUGACCAUGUGUCUUUUAGAUAUCCCUGACUGGCGAAUGCUGUGGACGGCAGAUGACCGAUUUAUGCAGCAGUACAGAAAACAUGAACUGAAAACCUUUCAGUGUUUCUCGUUACAUCCCCCAUCUUACACCCAUGAUGUCAGUUUCUGGGUAGAAGAUGCUUCGGCAUUUGACGACUUAGAGUUUCACACUAUAGCCCGGAGAGUCACCAAGGGAACCAUUACCAAAAUUCAUCUGCAAGAUCAGUUUGACAAUAUAACAACUGGAAAGACCAGUCUGUGUUACAGGAUUACCUAUCAGUCUUGUGAUCGGGCACUGAGCUAUGAUGAAGCAUCAGCAAUGCAACUGCUAUUACGGGAAGAGUUGCAAAGAUGUUUAAAUGUCACUCUUCGAUGAUCUUCGAUGCCAGCAUUUCAAUGGAUGCAUUGUAGUGACUUCCUCUCACAAGCGCUGCACUAAUGGUAUCAGUGUUGCCAUGGUAACGCGCGUCAACGCUCUGAAUGUCAAAAUCGCAAGAGAACUGCUUGGUAUCGGCACCCGGUGAGAGUGCAGAACAGAAGCACUCGGAGCCUCCUCCUCUACAUCAGGUAGACAGCGGGCCAGUGAGAGAGGUUCCUCAAGGGCCAAUAAAGAUGUAGGGCAGGGUGCACGCCCUGGUUGUGGUCAGCUGUGUCCACCGCGUGGCGCCCUUCGUUCCAUGGUGCCCUCACACAACCCUUAGGCCUGCCCUUCCCAUAUGCAUUAUGUGCCCUAGCAGUGCCUGGUCUUAACUGCAUUGUGGUGUCACUUGCCAAAUCUUUAAUAUACAUUUUAUUUAAAACCGAGCCCAUAAAGUAAGCAAGCCAUUACUGAAUGAGAAACCUGCGUCUAACUUCAUCUUGGUCCUCAGCACCAGAAGUGUCACAAUAUGUCCACUUAGUAAAAUUAUUUAAUUUCUAUAGUUUUGCUAGGUAUUUGUCUACCACCAAACAUCGGAGAAAUUAGCAGCAAUAAAACAAGACCAUUACAUCAUAUAUUUGCUGAGUGAAGCAAUUCAGCUUUUAUUCAAAAUCUUUUAUUUCUUUAAAUUGUUUGACUUUCGUAUUUGCUUUUAUCCCUCUUUCUUUUCCUAUUGAGUUCUCUUUCAUAGAGAACUUGUCAGCAUGCGCACUCUGGUAAUUUGUUCCGGUGUUUUUUUAUUCAAACCGCAAUGGUACAAUGUUUAACCUAAAGUAACUACUUCUAGAGAAGCCGCUAAUUGAUCUAAAGGCCCUUUAAUCUAGAACUUGGAUUCUUUUGAAUAUCUUGCUUCCUUAUUUUAUCCUGCUGCUUCAGAUAAAGGCAAUUGUCCUGCAACUUAUGGAUAAGUACAAAGUCUCUGCUAAUGGCCAGUGAUCAUUACCUGUUUUAAAAACGUCUAUCUUUAUCUUCUUAAUUCGAUCAGAAUAAGAAUAAUGCAGGGUAAUAAAUCAAAUAUGGAGCAGACGGCUAUUCUACAUUUUAUGCUCAAAUGAACGUUGUCACAGACCACAUUGUUUGAUAAAAAUCUUUUUGUUUCUUAUUUUAUUUAAUUUUUAUUCUUAGAAUUCUAAUGAAGAACCAGACAAACUUUGAGAGGUUUGGAUGUGAUGGUGAAGGAGAUAGGACAGUAUACUCAAUAAGCCAUUAGAUAACUAACUGAAUGAGAAAUGGCGUAUGACUUCAUCUUGGUCCUCAGCACUAGAAGUGUCCCAAUAUGUCCACUUAGCAAAAUGAUUGAAUUUCUAUAGUUUUGCUAGCUAUUUGCCCACCACCAUAUAUUGGAAAAAUU